CCUCUUCACCCCCAUCUCUCCCCUUCGCAACCUUCCUCCUCAUCUUCUUCGCAUCUCCCCUUCGCAACUCUUCCUAUAGCAGCUCUGUGAACCUUCCUCCUCAUCCUCUUCCGUGUAGCAUCUUCAGAUCUGCAUCUCCGCUCCAGGAAGGGGAGGUUGAUCUUAUUGAGAGCAAACAGUUGAACUUCAACGCCUCUGCUUUCUUAGGAAACUACAGCUGGAAGAAGUUGAGCUCCAAGAUCAUCAACCACCCCAAGACCUCUUCAACUGGGAACUUCAAGGUUUCUGCAGAAUACGAUGAGUCGAAGCAGACCUCCAAGGACAGGUGGGGAGGACUUGCCUUUGACACUUCAGAUGACCAGCAGGACAUCACCAGAGGAAAGGGCAUGGUGGACACCCUUUUCCAAGCUCCUGUGGGCAGUGGGACCCACUACGCCGUCAUGAGCUCCUACGAUUACAUCAGUACUGGCCUUCGCCAACUGGACAACAUGAUGGAUGGCUUCUACAUUGCUCCAGAUUUCAUGGACAAACUUGUGGUUCACAUUACCAAGAACUUUUUGAACCUGCCCAACAUUAAGGUUCCUCUUAUUUUGGGUAUCUGGGGAGGCAAAGGUCAAGGAAAAUCAUUUCAAUGUGAGCUUGUCUUCUCCAAGAUGGGAAUCAAGCCCCAUGCCGGCUCCCCGUCUCUGAGCAGACAGUCAGAGGAAAAUACAUUCCAAGCCCCAUGUAGGCUCCCGGUCCCUGUGCUAAAUAGUCAGAGGAAACACACUCCAGGCCCUAUGCCAAAACCAAACCGUCGUCCAGGACGGACCAAAAGGACCAUUAGGGACAUGUUGAACUUGAACAAGCUCGAUUUCACCGCUUUGGAAGUAUAUGGAAGAAACUACCUGAAGUGGGUUCAAGACGUGAAGCUCCACCUCACCGCAAAGGGUAUUAGAGCCACCAUCGAGGAACCUAUCGACAAUAAACCCGUCGAUGAAGUUGAGAAAACUACUGCUAUGAUCUUGAUUCGAAGACACAUCCAUGAUGCACUGCAAACCAAGUACUUUGUUGAGGAAGAUCCACGCAUCUUCUGGCUUGCUAUAACCGAUCGUUUCGAUCAUCAGAAAGACAUUUACUUUCCUGAAACAAGACACUGCUGGCAGCAUUUACGCUUCUAAGACUUUAAGUUUGUGAGUGAAUACAACUCUGAAGUUUGUAGAAUUCGAUCACUGCUUAAGUUCUGUAAAAUGGAUGUAACAAACGAUGAUCUUUUAGAGACGACCUAUUCGACCUUUAAUGCCACAAAUAUUGUCCUGCAAGAA